AUGGAUGAAGGUGUUAUAUUCUCUAUCAAGAAUCCUAAAGAACACAAGAUCUCUCUUGCAUAUAGAGAAAAUAAACCUCAAACUAAGAAUAUUUUCAUUGGAGACUAUAAAGAUUUAUCUGGCAUAUCUCUUAUAAGA